AUGGAAAAAAUUCCUAUUUUUGGAUAUUUCAUCAUUUUUCUCAACAUUAUUAUCUGUAUUGUGCAUGGCGCUGAUCCCAUUUCGAUGAUCUGUGACCAAACACCUUACCCGGAUGUGUGCCGCUCUCUGGUUACUACACAACCUCAAUACUUGGCACAAGAGAGCGUAGUGUUGGAGUUUCGCAACAAAGCCCUUAGAGCAACUUUAGCUCACGCUCAAAAUGCCCACGCUGUGAUAUCCUCUAUGGCCACACAAUCACUUGGCAAGCUUGCCAAGUUAGCUUGGGCUGAUUGCUUUGAGCUCUACGAAGACACCUUGUACCGCCUCAACAGUUCUAUGACCGCCGCCACCCACACAAACGACGACGUUCAAACACGGCUGAGCGCCGCCAUUGCUAACCACCAGACCUGCCAAAUUGGGUUCGCCGAUUUCCAGUUAUCACAAUACUCGCACGCAUUAUUUCCUAAUUACACUACUCUAAUUAGUGACUUCUCCAAGCACCUCAAGAACUCGCUUGCCAUAAACAAGGCCGCCGCAGCUAAUUCUAAUUCUCAGCAGUGGAAAGGCCGGCGAUUACUGGCCGGCGACAGGGUAUUUCCGGCGUGGGUUCCGGCGUCCGACAGGAAGCUCCUUGAAUCCAAGGCGGCUGCAACCGCCGCGAAAGCCAACAUCGUGGUGGCUAAAGACGGGUCGGGGCAAUAUAAGAGCAUUAAUGAAGCUGUGUCUGCGGCGGUGAAGCUAAGUAGAGGCGCCAAGAGAUUUGUGAUAUACGUGAAAAAGGGUGUUUAUAAGGAAAAUGUGGAGAUCAAGAAAUCGAUGAAGAACAUCAUGUUCAUUGGAGAUGGGAUUGAUGCUACCAUUAUUACUGGUAGCAAAAACGUCCAAGAUGGCUCCACAACUUUUCGUUCCGCCACUUUUGCUGUUUCUGGCGAUGGGUUCAUAGCCCGGGGCAUUACCUUCGAGAACACAGCCGGACCCCAGAAACACCAAGCGGUUGCGCUUCGGUCUGGCGCCGACCACUCGGUGUUCUACAGCUGCAGCUUCAAGGGCUACCAAGACACCUUAUACGUCUACUCUCAGCGCCAAUUUUAUCGCGAUUGCGACAUAUACGGCACCGUAGACUUCAUCUUCGGCGACGCCGCCGCCGUGAUUCAGAACUGCAACAUUUACGUGAGAAAACCGAUGCCCAACCAGAAAAACACCGUCACGGCUCAAGGCCGAAGCGACCCAAACGAGAACACCGGAAUUGUGAUCCAUAAUUCUCGUGUCGCACCAUCCUCUGACCUAAGGCCCGUCCAACGCUCUUUCAACACGUAUUUGGGCAGGCCAUGGAAACAAUACUCCAGAACGGUGUUCAUCAAGACUGCUCUCGACGGCUUCAUCGACCCCGCCGGUUGGCUUCCGUGGAGCGGAGAUUUUGCUCUCAAAACAUUGUACUAUGGAGAGUAUAUGAACAGUGGAGCCGGUGCAAGGACCAGUGGGAGAGUCAAAUGGGCAGGCUACCAUGUGAUUAGGAGUGUUGCAGAGGCCGGAAAAUUCUCCGUCGGGAACUUCUUGGACGGGAACUCUUGGCUUCCGGCUACCGGCCUGCCCUAUACGUCUAGCCUGUGAUAUGAUAAUGUGAAGUGACGCAGAAGGCCGGUUCAGAUCAGAUUAUUAAUUUAUUCAUAUUAUUUGUUUAUUUAAAUGCACAAUAUAGUUGUUUGGGGUUGUCAUUUUCUAGCAGGAAAGUUGCUUGCAUGCAUUUCAUGCAAUUGUCAACUACCUUGUGUGUACUUUCCGCAGUAUAAAUUGUAUACCACAGAUUUCUUAGUAUGUUAUUGAUA